GACAAAGAAACACAUCACUAUUUAUUCUCUCGUAUUAAACAGCUUGUAUCUCGCAGUCUUUUGUUGUUGUUGUCUGUUUGUGUGUGAAUUUUUGCUUUGCUUGAUUCUCAGCAAACACCAAAUCGCACCAAUAUUUAAUUCAUUAGUUCAAAGUCGGUGUGUGAGAAACGAAAUUCAGUUGACAAUUGGUUUAAAGCGACGAAAAACAUCUAGAUUUGAACCAAUUGCGAGGAGGAGAGCAGCAAAGAAACGAAACACGAAAUAUUCGAAGGAACCCAUCCAAACGGGAACGGGAACACAACGAACAGAAAAAAUGUUCAAAUCAAACGCGGUGCAUUUGAAAAUCACCAAAAUCAUUUUUCGAUUAAUUUUGAAUGAUUUUAAAGAAAUUGUGUAUUCAUUUUGAUGGCAUUUUAGUAAAUGCUGAAACAACAACGGUUGAUCGGUUGUUGGUGCGUCGAGUGUUGUUGCUGUUGUUGAGCAAAAGAGUUUGGUGUUUGAGCCGCGUAAACACCGCUCACAGUGCCAGAUAGAUACACACAUAGAGAUUUGUAAACCCGAGGGACUGUACUGAUUAUAUGUAUUUGAUAGUUCGGCUGUACACAUUUUUCCUUCAUCCAUCCAUUCGAUGCCAUUACAAAUACACACCAAAACGAACGACGUGAAUAAACGUGCAUGUGAAUGGAUGCGCAGCGCCAAACCUAUCAUCAUAAAUGCCAUUAGAUGCGCUUUAUAAAGUGAAAAUUUGAAGAAGAGGAAAAAAAGAAAAGAAACAAAAUACAAGUGGAAGAAUAACACGAAUAAAAAAGGAAGAAAACGCAAAAGAGAAGAAUACAAGAAGGAGAGAGAGAAAAAAACAACGAAACAAAAAGAAAAGAAAUAGAAAAAAGAUAAAGGAAACGAAAGAAAAGAGAUUUGAAUUUAAUUCGAAGAAUUAUAGAUUGUGUGUUUGUGAGACCAAUUAGUGCAAUUCGAUGCAUGCUUGAGAUGGUAUGGUGUGUGUGCGUGCGGCCACCAUUUGCUAUGUGAAAACAAAUCGAUUUUGAUUUUGAGGCGCUCAAGAGGACAAACAAUAGACAACGACGACGAAACUGAAAUUCAUACAGGAAUUUUUCCAAUUGAGAGUACGAAUCACAUACACGUUAAUAACACGUUAGACAUCGAGAACGGUGACACAUCGAAUUAAACGAACCUAAUACGAACAAACAGAAGAAAAAAAACCGAGCCGAUUCUCAUUUCAAUUUGAUUAUAAAAAGCCAUGGCCGCAUUAGGCAUUGGCUUAUCAAAGGUGUUCAUUUUGGAUAAAUAUUUUAAUGAACUAUCCAAAUAUUGGGAAACCGAGAUUAAGCUACAAGACGCUUCAUCGACAAACGAAGCUGUUCAUUUGCAGCAACGCCUGAAAAGCCUGAGUAGCGAAUUGGUCACGUUGCGGAAUCGGUUGCAUGUUGACAAUACCAAUGUUGAUGUGACACUGACUGGCGACGCUACCACUGGCGCUGCUGUUAAUUUGGUCACAUCACCCAAUCCAACGACAAAUCUAACCAAUGGACCAUUCGUUACGAAUCAUUCAAACAUGCAAAUCGACUCAACAGCAAUACCCAUAGCUAACAAAUCCAGUCCAAAGCAGGCAUAUCAAAUGACUUCCAGCAACACUUUGCCGCAUGGAAUCAAUUCCGUUCCAAUAGUUUCACCCAGAAAUACCUCAAUACCUCAUCCACUACCGCAUCAUAUCACAGGAAAAAAUCAUGAAAUUGCUGGCAACGGAGGAACACUUCGUCGUGUACCACCUGAAAUUGUUGCAAAUGAAAUCAUUACAAAGCCACACGCAAGGAUCAUCUCGCCCAGCAAAACCGUCACCAGUCCGCAUAAAAUUUUGGCUAAAGACAUGGAAGAUUUAAUCCACCUGCAAGGACCGCUCACUGAAGAUGCCGUCAUGCGAACGCUUCAAGCACGUUUCAACGAGCACAAAUAUUUUACAAACGUUGGACCAAUUUUGCUAUCGAUCAAUCCGUAUAAUGACGUUGGAAAUCCGUUGACAUUGUCAUCGACGAGAACAUUAGAAUUGGCGUCACAAUUACGAAAAAUCGUUUUGGAAGCGGUUCGUCAACAGGCUGAAACUGGAUAUCCGCAGGCGAUCAUUUUAUCCGGCACAUCUGGGGCAGGUAAAACCCACUGUUCCAUGCUUUUGUUACGGCAAUUGUUUGCCGUGGCUGGUGGCGGCCCCGAAACAGAUGCAUUCAAACAUUUAGCCGCCGCAUUCACGGUGCUUCGAUCACUUGGUUCGGCGAAAACAUCGACCAAUUCAGAGUCCAGUCGAAUUGGGCAAUUUAUCGAAGUGCAAGUCACAGAUGGUGCAUUAUAUCGAACAAAAAUCCAUUGUUACUUCUUGGAUCAAACACGUGUCAUUCGGCCGUUGCCCAAUGAGAAGAACUAUCACAUAUUCUAUCAGAUGUUGGCUGGUUUGAGUCGAGACGAGCGCAUCAAAUUGAAUCUUGAGGGAUACUCGCCAGCCAAUCUACGAUACUUGCAAGGAGGCGAUAUUCGACAGGACGAAAAGGAGGAUGCAGCCCGGUUUCAAGCGUGGAAAACGUGCUUGGGUAUACUCGGCAUUCCAUUCUUAGAUGUGGUUCGAGUGUUGGCCGCCGUUUUGCUACUGGGAAACGUUCAAUUUGUCGACGGUCAGGGCUUGGAAGUUGAUAUCAAAGGCGAAUCCGAAUUGAAUUCAAUCAGUUGCCUGUUGGGAGUGCCGGCUUCGGCUUUAUUCCGUGGACUGACCACCCGUACUCACAAUGCCCGUAACCAAAUAAUUAAAUCCGUUUGCGAUGCAAACAUGUCGAAUAUGACGCGAGAUUCAUUGGCAAAAGCACUGUACUGUCGCACCGUUGCGACAAUCGUUCGUCGUGCCAACAGCUUGAAACGGCUCGGAUCAACGCUCGGCACACUCAGCUCUGAUUCGAAUGAAUCAGUACACAAUCAAGGCGACAUUACGAGUCAACAUGCUUCAACGAUUGGUGGCAAUUCUGGCUCGAAAUCGAUGGCUGCUUUGAACAAUGCCGUCAGACAUGCAACCGAUGGAUUCAUCGGAAUUUUAGAUAUGUUUGGCUUUGAAGAGCCCAAACCCGCUCAACUCGAACAUUUAUGCAUCAAUUUAUGCGCGGAAACCAUGCAACAUUUCUACAAUACGCACAUCUUCAAGAGUUCAGUGGAAUCGUGCCGUGACGAAGGGAUUAUGGUUGAUACCGAUGUCGAUUACGUCGACAAUGUGCCAUGCAUUGAUUUGAUUUCAUCGUUGCGAACGGGUUUAUUGAGCAUGUUGGAUGCGGAAUGUGCGGUACGUGGCACGGCCGAAAGCUAUGUGGCUAAAAUUAAAGUGCAGCAUCGCAAUUCAACACGUUUGGAAAAUAAGCAAACCGAAUUACAGGAUCCACGUACAUUUGCCAUUCGCCAUUUUGCCGGUCGCGUUGAAUAUGAUACAACCGAUUUUCUUGACACCAACCGUGAUGUGGUGUCCGAUGAUUUGGUGUCAGUAUUUUAUAAGCACACUUGCAAUUUUGGAUUUGCCACCCAUCUAUUUGGUUCGGAGCUGAAGGCGUUGUAUGCCGUUGAGAAUGUACCACGAGGUUUGAGCUUUAGAAUUGCACCCACCUCGCAUACCGAUUUACUCAAUGGCGAUGAACCCGUUUCCACAUUGACACAAGAUUUUCACACUCGUUUGGAUAAUUUACUGCGAACGCUUGUUCAUGCUCGGCCGCAUUUCGUUCGAUGCAUUCGAAGCAACGGAUCGGAAGUGCCUCGAACUUUUGAACGACAGACAAUUGUGAAGCAAAUUCGAUCGUUGCAAGUUUUGGAAACGGUGAAUUUGAUGGCAAGCGGUUUUCCACAUCGGAUGCGAUUCAAACACUUCACCGGACGAUAUCGAAUGUUAGCUCCAUUCCGUAUGCUUCGCCGAAAUGAUGACAAAGCUUUGGAUGAUUGCAAAUUGAUAUUGCAAAUCGCAAUGGACACACCGCCCGACAUUCAAGGAACAGUCACAUUGUCAUGGGCACCGGGGAAGAGGCAUGUUUUCCUCAGCGAAGGAAUUCGACAACAUUUGGAGAAAUUGAGAACGGAUAUUCGCAUGAGAAGCGCCACUAUCAUCCAGGCAAUGUGGCGAGGCUAUGCACUCAGGCGACGCAUUGGUUCAGUAAAACGUACAACGCGAAAUGUCGUUUCGAAUAAUAUUCAUUCCAAUAAUACAAAUACAGCCAAUCGUCCGACAGCUAAAACCGCAGCUGCACGAGUGACUCGUCCGCGACCGCAACCAAUCGCUGGAACACCGCCACCUGAUCCAAACGAAAAGUGCGAUGCGAAUAUCAUUCAGCAAACGUGUAAUCUCUUUGGUCUUGAUUUGGAGCGACCACCGCCAGUUCCGCCAUCUCGAUCGUAUACUGUGACCGGAAACUCAAAAUUGGGCUAUCCACAAACUCGCCUCAUGAAAAUGAAUUUCCCUGAAUUUUCGGCACUGAAUCCUCCUACGAAGCAGUUGCGUAAAGGAGAAACAGUCACUGUGGUCGGUGCGUCACACCGACGCGGCCAUCUAAUCGUGCAACACAAGGGUGUUACAUUCAACGUUCCAUUCCAAUACAUGGAACUGGUGAAAACGGUUCCAAAUGGACCCGUGAAUAUUUAAUAGAAAUCACGCAAUUUAAUACACAUCUAGAAUUUUUUAAGCAAAAAAAAAAGAAGACUGUAAAUAACUGAACUCUUUAUUCGAGCAAAUAAUUAUCGUAAUAUCCGUCUAAGAAUUAAGCAAUUUUAAACAAGAAUGUAUAAAAUGAAUUCGUUUCAGUCCACAACGCAAAUAAUAUUAGUGUAUGCUAUAAGUUUCAUAAUAAAAUCGAAGCAAUCUUAUAACUCUAAUGUCAGAGUGAGAAAAAAAAAACAGUUUUGAAUUGGCCAUUUGCAAUGAUGCAUUUGAUGCAACGAGUGAUUUUGUCUUUCAAAUAAAAAAAUUACGGCAAACAUCGGAUAAAUUCUAUGAUGUAAGAGUUUAAUGACACAUUAUCGCCUUUUUCCUUUCGUUACAAGAUAUCAUUCUUCGUUCAAAAAAAAAAGCAAAAUCCGAAGAACUGAAGUUAUUAAUUUGCCACGAAUGAAAAAUGUGCGCUACGAUUAUGACAUGGAAAUGAUGCAAGUUUCCUCAUUCAUGCGAUUUCGCUGUACGUUCAGCAAAACAAUAAGUGCCAAGCGAUAAGUUUUUAUGUAAAUAGUACUAUGAUUACGAUAAGAAGCUUCUUGAUAUUAAUUUUUGUUUUCAUUGCAAUUUAUAGAGAGAGAGAAUAUAAUUCCCCAUAUUGCGAGAGUGAUCCACUUGACAAUAAAAAAAAAAUCUCAGAAUUUAUUGAAAGAAAAAACCGCUUCCGCUUAUAGCAAUUUAAGACAAACAUCCUGACUGGCAUUCACUUUUCUCUCCCAUUAUCGGCAUUUAUAUUUUUCAUAUAUAUUUGUAGAACAGAAAAUAAACAAUGCAAUUGCAACAAUUCCAAUAAA